AUGAGUAGAACUUUUCCGUUUUCAAAUGCUCCCCUUCGGUCUGUCAAGGAAGUCCAGUUUGGUUUGCUUUCCCCUGAGGAAGUAAGAGCCAUUUCAGUUGCCAAAAUUGAAUAUCCCGAAACUAUGGAUCAAGCAACCAAGAGACCUCGUGAAGGUGGUCUUAACGAUCCAAGGUUGGGCUCUAUCGACAGGAAUUUCAAGUGUCAAACUUGCGGUGAGGAUAUGGCUGAGUGUCCGGGUCAUUUUGGACACAUCGAAUUGGCCAAACCUGUAUUUCAUAUAGGUUUUAUCGCCAAGAUUAAAAAAGUAUGUGAAUCCAUUUGUAUGCACUGUGGGAAGUUGUUGUUGGAUGAGCUGAACCCCUUGAUGGCACAAGCGAUUAAGAUUAGAGAUCCAAAAAAGAGAUUCAAUGCGGUGUGGAGUAUAUGUAAGACUAAAAUGGUUUGUGAGACCGCCACCAGUGAGGAGGAGAUGAACGAUCAUCCUACCAGAGGAGGCUGUGGUCAUACACAACCAACUAUUCGUAGAGACGGAUUGAAGUUGUGGGGAACCUGGAAGCACAAUAAAAACUUUGAAGAGAAUGAUCAACCAGAACGUCGUUUGUUGACGCCAUCGGAAAUUCUCAACGUGUUUAAGCAUAUUAGUCCAGAGGAUUGCUAUAGAUUGGGAUUCAACGAGGACUAUGCUAGGCCCGAAUGGAUGUUGAUUACUGUUUUGCCAGUUCCUCCACCACCUGUGAGACCAUCAAUUGCAUUCAAUGAUACGGCAAGAGGAGAAGAUGAUUUGACAUUCAAAUUGGCAGACAUAAUAAAAGCAAACAUCAAUGUUCAACGUUUGGAAAUCGAUGGUUCUCCACAACACGUCAUUAGUGAGUUUGAGGCAUUGCUUCAGUUUCACGUGGCCACCUACAUGGACAAUGACAUUGCUGGUCAACCUCAGGCUUUGCAAAAAACAGGACGUCCAAUUAAGUCAAUCAGAGCAAGAUUGAAGGGCAAAGAGGGUAGAUUGAGAGGUAAUUUGAUGGGAAAGAGAGUGGACUUUUCUGCCCGUACAGUCAUUUCUGGUGAUCCUAACUUGGACUUGGAUCAAGUUGGUGUUCCUAUAUCCAUUGCAAAGACAUUGACCUAUCCAGAAAUUGUCACACCUUACAACAUCCACAAGUUGACUGAGUUGGUCAGAAAUGGUCCCAACGAACAUCCUGGUGCAAAAUAUGUGAUCAGAGAUACGGGUGAUCGUAUUGAUUUAAGAUACAAUAAGAGAGCCGGUGAUAUUGCUUUACAGUACGGAUGGAAGGUUGAACGUCAUUUGAUGGACGACGAUCCAGUUUUAUUCAACCGUCAACCUUCGUUGCAUAAAAUGUCUAUGAUGGCGCAUAGAGUUAAGGUUAUGCCUUAUUCUACAUUCAGAUUGAACUUGUCAGUUACCUCGCCUUAUAAUGCAGAUUUCGAUGGUGACGAAAUGAACUUGCAUGUACCACAGUCCCCAGAAACGAGGUCGGAGUUGUCACAGAUUUGUGCUGUUCCUCUUCAAAUCGUCUCGCCACAAUCUAACAAACCAGUCAUGGGUAUCGUGCAAGAUACCUUAUGUGGUAUUCGAAAAAUGACAUUGAGAGACAUUUUCAUCGAAUAUGAUCAAGUUAUGAAUAUGUGUUAUUGGAUUCCUAACUGGGAUGGUGUUAUUCCACCUCCCGCAAUAAUAAAACCAAAGCCAUUGUGGUCAGGUAAGCAAAUAUUGUCAAUGGCCAUACCAAAAGGUAUCCAUAUUCAAAGAUUCGAUGGUGGAAGAGACUUGUUGAGCGCAAAGGAUACUGGUAUGUUGAUUGUUGAUGGUGAAAUCAUGUUUGGUGUUGUUGAUAAAAAGACAGUUGGUGCAACUGGUGGCGGUUUGAUUCACACAGUGAUGAGAGAAAAAGGACCUCAAGUUUGUGCACAGUUGUUUAGUUCCAUUCAAAAAGUGGUCAACUUUUGGUUGUUGCAUAAUGGGUUCAGUAUCGGUAUUGGUGAUACUAUUGCCGAUGCCAGCACCAUGAAGGAUAUCACAAAAACAAUUCAAGAAGCUAAACAAAAAGUGCAAGAGAUUAUCCUCGAUGCUCAGCAUAACAAGUUGGACCCCGAGCCAGGUAUGACUUUGAGAGAAUCUUUUGAACACAAUGUAUCUCGUGUUUUGAAUCAAGCGCGUGAUACUGCUGGUCGUUCUGCUGAGAUGAGUUUGAAGGAUUUGAAUAACGUGAAGCAGAUGGUUACCUCCGGUUCCAAGGGUUCAUUUAUCAACAUUUCGCAGAUGUCGGCAUGUGUCGGUCAGCAAAUCGUCGAAGGAAAAAGAAUUCCUUUUGGUUUUGCUGACCGUUCAUUGCCUCAUUUCACCAAAGAUGAUUAUUCCCCCGAAUCAAAGGGUUUUGUUGAAAACUCUUAUUUGAGAGGUUUAACGCCACAAGAGUUUUUCUUCCAUGCAAUGGCUGGUAGAGAAGGUCUUAUUGAUACUGCUGUUAAGACUGCAGAAACGGGUUAUAUCCAACGUCGUUUGGUCAAGGCUUUGGAAGAUAUUAUGGUGCACUAUGAUGGUACAACUAGAAACUCUUUAGGAGAUAUCAUUCAGUUCAUCUAUGGUGAAGACGGUGUCGAUGCCACUCAAGUUGAAAAGCAAUCUGUUGAUACGAUCCCUGGAUCUGAUGAAAGUUUCGAACGUAGAUACAGAAUUGAUUUGUUGGAAGAGAAUGGAUCAAUUUCAGAGUCAUUGUUGGAAUCAGGAAAGGAAAUACAAGGUGAUGUUAAGUUGCAAAAACUAUUGGAUGAAGAGUAUAAUCAAUUGCUUGAAGAUAGAAGGUACUUGAGAGAUGUUUGCUUCCCCAAUGGUGAUUUCAGCUGGCCUUUGCCAGUCAACUUGCGUCGUAUUAUCCAAAAUGCUCAACAAAUUUUUCACAAUGGUCGUUAUAAAGCAUCUGAUUUGAAAUUGGAUGAAAUUGUGAAUGGUGUUCGCGACUUAUGCACAAAGUUGUUAGUCGUGAGAGGAAACACAAAAUUAGCGAAAGAGGCUCAAGAGAAUGCCACCUUGUUAUUCCAAUGUUUGGUUAGGUCAAGAUUGGCUUCGCGUAGAGUUAUUGAAGAAUUCAAGUUGAACAGAUCCUCCUUUGAUUGGGUAUUGGGUGAAAUCGAAACUCAAUUCCAAAAAUCGAUUGUGCACCCUGGUGAAAUGGUUGGUGUUGUUGCUGCUCAAUCCAUUGGUGAGCCAGCUACUCAAAUGACGUUGAAUACAUUCCAUUAUGCUGGUGUCUCUUCAAAGAAUGUCACCUUGGGUGUUCCAAGACUUAAAGAAAUUUUAAACGUUGCAAAGAACAUUAAGACACCGGCUUUGACGGUAUACUUGGACCCAGAGGUUGCUUCCGAUAUUGAAUUGGCCAAGAUUGUGCAAUCGUCUAUUGAACAUACUACUUUGAAGAAUGUCACUUCAUCAACAGAGAUUUACUACGAUCCAGACCCAAGAACCACCGUUAUUGAAGAGGAUUAUGACACGGUUGAGGCAUAUUUUGCUAUUCCGGAUCAAAAGGUUGAGGAAAGCAUUGAAAAGCAAUCACCUUGGUUGUUGAGGUUGGAGCUUGAUCGUGCCAAGAUGUUGGACAAACAAUUGACAAUGGCACAGGUAGCAGAAAAGAUCUCACAAAACUUUGGUGAAGAUUUGUUUGUUAUUUGGUCAGAUGAUACUGCCGACAAGUUGAUUAUUCGUUGUAGAGUUGUCAGAGAUCCAAAAACUUUGGAUGAAGACGCUGAUGCAGAAGAAGAUCAAAUUUUGAAGCGUAUUGAAGCCCACAUGUUGGAGUCAAUUUCGUUGAGAGGUAUUCCUGGUAUUACUAGAGUGUUUAUGAUGCAACACAAGGUGAGCAAACCAGAUGAGACCGGUGAAUUCAAACAAGGUAAAGAAUGGGUGUUAGAAACUGAUGGUGUUAACUUGGCCGAUGUCAUGGCAGUUCCCGGGGUUGAUUCAACCCGUACCUAUUCCAACGACUUUAUUGAGAUUUUGUCAGUCUUGGGUAUUGAAGCGACUAGAUCUGCUUUGUAUAAGGAGAUUUUGAACGUUAUUGCAUUCGAUGGUUCUUAUGUCAACUAUCGUCAUAUGGCUCUUUUGGUUGAUGUUAUGACGUCUCGUGGACACUUGAUGGCAAUCACCCGUCAUGGUAUCAACAGAUCCGAUACUGGUGCCUUGAUGCGUUGUUCUUUUGAGGAAACAGUGGAAAUCUUAUUAGAUGCUGCUGCCGCUGCAGAGUUGGAUGAUUGUAAGGGUAUUUCAGAGAAUGUUAUGUUGGGACAAAUGGCACCAUUGGGAACCGGUGCGUUUGAUGUUAUGGUUGACGACAAAAUGUUGCAACAGGCUCCAGCCAAUGUUGCGAUGGAGGUUAUUGCAGAAGAUGGAGGUGCUACACCAUAUAGAGAAGCCGAGAUGCAAGAUGACAGAAUUCAAAUUGACGAAAGUGCAGGUUUCUCUCCAAUUCAUCAAGCACCAACUUCAGAUGGUAUGAAUGGAGGCUUGACAUCUUAUGGUGGACAACCAACCUCACCAAGUGCCACAUCUCCAUUCAGCUACUCGACUAGUCCAAGCUAUGGAGGAACGAGUCCGGCUUAUGGUGGCACAAGUCCAGGAUAUGGCUACUCUCCAACGUCGCCAUCGUAUUCGCCUACUUCUCCAAGCUACUCGCCGACAUCGCCAAGCUACUCGCCAACAUCUCCAUCAUACUCGCCAACAUCGCCAUCAUACUCACCUACAUCUCCAAGUUACUCACCAACAUCGCCAUCAUACUCGCCUACAUCUCCAAGUUACUCACCAACAUCUCCAAGUUAUUCACCAACGUCGCCAAGCUACUCACCAACAUCGCCAUCAUACUCGCCUACUUCUCCAAGCUACUCGCCAACAUCGCCAUCAUACUCGCCAACAUCUCCAAGUUACUCACCUACGUCUCCAAGUUAUUCACCAACGUCGCCAUCAUACUCGCCUACAUCCCCAAGUUACUCACCAACAUCUCCAUCAUACUCACCAACCUCGCCUACCUACUCACCAACAUCUCCAUCGUAUUCACCAACAUCGCCUACGUAUUCACCUACGUCCCCUCAAUACUCACCAACGAGUCCUCAGUACUCACCUACUUCUCCAAGUUAUUCUCCAGGCUCACCUGGUUACAAACCUGAAUCGCCAAAGAAGGAGGAGAAGUAA